UGUUUGCUGGAAAAAAUGAAGAAGAAGAGUGUGAGUGUUAUGUAUGAGUAAUGAAAACGUGACCGUAUCGUAUCAUCCAUCCAAAACGCUAUCCGUUUAGUGCUGCAGCUUGCUUACCAACACAAAACCCCCUCACUCACUCACUCACUCACAUGAUUUUUUUCUGCUUCAUCUCUCUCUCUCUCUCUCUCUCUGUGUUACUUCUUUCUUGGCGCCAAAUUCUUCAGACUCUGUGUCUCUGUGUGAGAGAGAGAGAAAGCAAUAAUAAGAAAUGAGCAAAAGCCUCCUAGUCCGUACAUCACUGAGUUCGCUGCGACUCCUCCGAAAUUCGUCCUCCAUCUCCAGCUCCUUCUCUUCUCUUCUCUCUCUUCUUCCGAAUCCUCCUCAUCAAGGGCUCAGAAUCGUUCUUCCCUACAACUACAAAAUAGUUGCUUCAACUUCAAGACCUUGUUCUCAUGUUGCUGCUGCCUCUUGUUCUUCCUCUGAAUCUGAGUCUGAGUCUGAGAUCAACGAUGACCCCUCCAAAGUCGAACACCUCCUCUCAAACCCAGACGACGUCGCACGCCUCAUGAAGAUGGAGCGCCGCUGUGAUCAGAAUGCCAAUGCCGAUGGAGGCCGCAGCCGCAGCCGCUGGUUCCCAUACCUUGACGAGUUCAGGUGUGGGGCCCAAUGCCUGAACAGCGCCGAGGUUCUGGAGGCUCUCAGUCCCCACAUUUUGGACAUGAGGAAGGACAAGUUUCGCAAUGUCGUCACCAACCGCACCUAUUCCCUCUGCUUGGUCGUUGAAGGUCUCUGUGAUUUCGGCAAUGUCUCCGCCACUUUUCGCUCUGCCGACGCCCUCGGUUUCCAGUCUGUCCAUGUCGUCUCUUGCGAUUCCAAAAGGUAUAAAGAUAACCGCCAUGUUAGCAUGGGUGCGGAGAAAUGGUUGGACAUUGAACUUUGGAGCUCCAUCCAUGAGUGCUUUAAAGUUCUUAAGUCACGUGGUUAUCGAAUUGCAACUACGCAUGUGGGAAUGGAUGCGGUAUCCAUUUACGACAUGGAUUGGUCACACCCAACUGCGAUAGUUGUUGGAAAUGAGAACAGGGGGAUAAGUGAUGAGGCUCUGGAGUUGUCAGAUUUGCAUUGCAGUAUUCCAAUGAAAGGUAUGGUGGACUCUUUCAAUGUUUCAGUUGCUGCUGGCAUCCUCAUGCACCACGCUGUUUGCGACAGAACAUCACGACUGGUAAUGGCUAUUCUGUGCACUCAGCAGCAGAGUAGAGAAAAUCAGGCUGUUUCUUAUUUUGAAAAUGAGUUCAUGACUGUUAUUUUAUGCUGACUAAUCAUUUUAUCUUAAAAUCAGUUCAAAUAUAUUUAGUAUCCAUAUUUAAUGAACCUGUGGCUGAUGCCCUGGCAGUUAGCAUAUUUUCAAAGCUUCCAUACUAAAACUCAAUGGCUCAUAGCUAUUUAACCUGGUUAAAAAUCCUAGUACAUUUGUGAGGAAAUCCAUGAGAGAAACCGA